AUGGCGUUUGAACUUUGUAGGUUCUGCUUGCUGUACACUUCCCCUGCUGGUGUUGCUACAGCUUCUGCCGUUGCUCCACCACCGAACCACUUCCCUGCAAACCAAACUUCAGUAGCGCAAGGUGCGUAUCGAUCACCGUUUCCUCGAUGGAUUGCUUCAGACCUCCUUCCCAACAACCAUGCUCAGGAAAAAUGGCUUGUCAUUUUGAUGGCUGAUGCCGAGGACAUUCAACCACUUGUUGUUGAUAAUGGAACUGGAAUGGUCAAGGCUGGUUUUGCGGGUGAUGAUGCCCCCAGGGCUGUGUUCCCCAGUAUUAUUGGGCGACCGCGCCACACUGGUGUAAUGGUUGGGAUGGGUCAGAAGGAUGCUUACGUGGGUGAUGAAGCCCAAUCAAAAAGGGGUAUACUCACAUUGAAGUAUCCUAUAGAGCAUGGCAUAGUCAGCAACUGGGAUGAUAUGGAGAAGAUUUGGCAUCACACAUUUUACAACGAGCUACGUGUUGCCCCUGAAGAGCACCCUGUACUUCUUACUGAGGCACCACUCAAUCCCAAGGCCAAUAGAGAGAAGAUGACCCAAAUUAUGUUUGAGACUUUCAAUGUCCCUGCCAUGUAUGUGGCAAUUCAGGCUGUCUUGUCUCUGUAUGCCAGUGGACGUACUACAGGAAUUGUGCUUGAUUCUGGUGAUGGUGUGAGUCACACGGUGCCCAUAUAUGAAGGGUAUGCCCUUCCACAUGCGAUUCUGCGGUUGGACCUUGCUGGUCGUGAUUUAACGGAGUACUUGGUGAAAAUUCUUACUGAGAGAGGAUACUCCUUCAGCACCUCUGCUGAAAAGGAAAUUGUCCGUGAUGUGAAGGAGAAAUUGGCAUACGUGGCCCUUGAUUUUGAACAAGAAAUGGAGACUACCAAGAGUAGUUCUGCAGUGGAGAAGAGCUAUGAGUUGCCUGAUGGACAGGUUAUUACAAUAGGGUCUGAGAGAUUCCGUUGCCCAGAAGUACUGUUCCAACCUUCUCUAAUUGGUAUGGAAGCUACUGGAAUUCAUGAAACGACGUACAACUCCAUCAUGAAAUGUGAUGUUGAUAUUAGGAAGGAUCUGUAUGGAAACAUUGUGCUUAGUGGAGGGUCUACAAUGUUUCCUGGAAUUGCUGAUCGUAUGAGCAAGGAAAUCGGUGCUCUAGCACCAAGCAGCAUGAAAAUUAAGGUGGUUGCACCUCCUGAGAGAAAGUACAGUGUCUGGAUUGGUGGUUCUAUCUUAGCAUCACUUAGCACCUUCCAACAGAUGUGGAUCUCUAAGGGUGAAUAUGAUGAAUCUGGGCCAGCUAUCGUUCAUCGGAAGUGCUUCUAA